CUCUCUCUUGUCAGGUUUGUCAAUUUAGUUACGUGUAUCACUUCACUUUUAUAACGGGAAAUUUCCAUCGCUUAGUUUCUAUAUUCAUUUCAUAAGCUACCAAGUGCUUUGUCUUAUGUGCUAAAAUUUUCCAAAAUGUAUAAAAUUUAUACGAGGUCAAAUAAUUAUUUUAGCAGUAAACAAUAUAAUUUGGCAAAUCCUUUGUUUGGAGGAUUAUCCAACAUCAAUGUGCAAGACACUAAUCGCAUUCACGUCACUACAAGUCUAAAAUUUCCUCCCGCAGCUGCAUUAAAGUUGCCGACAAAUGUCGUCGACAUAAAUGCGUCAGAAGUGGGUCGGUUUUCGCCACUGAGGGAAAGAGAUAUUUCUGGUCCAGUUAUCAGUUCUUGUUACAAAAAACAAAUAGACUUGGGGAAAAUUGACAUAACUGUGCAGUCAGAUCCACACGUUAACAAAUACGAUUGCCGUGGAGCUGUCAGUUUGUCGUCAUCUAUGCAAAGCAAUGUUCCCAGCCCCUUCAGUGGAAACCAUACCCAUCUAAAUAUGCCAGGCUCACAGUGGGGCCAAGGAUACAAAUAUUUAUCGGAUCAUCUUCAUGGCGCUCAUUACUUGACAUUAAGAAAUGAGUAUCGUUCCAGAAUGACGAAAGACGCUGUUGGCACAAGAAAUAUGAGUACAGAUUCAAAACCACCCAUGAGUGCCAAAGAAAAGUUGAAACAAGCCAUCAAAGAAUAUGGCUCAACAGUGAUUGUAUUUCAUGUUGGUAUUUCCCUGAUAUCAUUGGGGAGCUGCUAUCUUCUAAUAUCUAGUGGCAUCGACUUAGUCGCAGUACUAAAAUAUUUAAAUAUAAGUGAGGGCACUAUUUUGAAGGCAGCGGGAUCAAAUGCAGGCACUUUUGUUAUAGCAUAUACUGUUCAUAAAUUCUUUGCGCCAUUUAGGAUAGCUAUAACACUCACUGCUACACCUUUUAUUGUGCGAUAUCUCAGAAAUGUAGGCUUUUUAAAGCGCAGUGUGAACACUGGUGGAGGGAAAUAAAUCUAUAUUAAACAAAA